GGGGCGGGCGGGGGGGCGAGCCCACGUGACCCCGGCGCCGGGAUGCUCUUAGGGCCGCCUGGGCCGGGACGGAGCCGGGCCCUGGGACUGGCAUCGGGACGCGUCGCGAGCGGGACCCGCAGCUUUGUGCCCGGGCCCCAUAAUGCCCCAGAACAAUGAAAGGCCAGCGAAGAACUCUGCUCAGCAAACAGGGCCGCCUGCCAGCCUUCUCGGAGAAGUGGGCGUCCGGCUUCGAGGGCCUUAACAGGUCCUGCCUCCUCCAUGCCAAGCAGGAGAGCCGCAGCACCUGGCAUAGGCUCUACCGCUCCCUCCAGCGCCGCCGGCAGGCCCUCUGGCUCCAGAGGAAGCGGGCCCACCACACUCUCCUGGCCGCCAGGACCUGCGCCGCCCUGGCCGCUCCUCAGGGCCUGCCGGGCCCCGUCAGCCCCCACGCCCGGGGGCCCCCCGUGGGGAGCCUGCCCGCCCCCGUCGAGAGCCCCGCCCAGGAAUGCCGGCCGGAGGAGGAGCUCCGCAAGGCGGCCGCCGGCCUGCCAGUGGGCAGUGUGCUGGGGGCGGCCAAUGGCUGCAAGCAGAGGACGGACCCCCAGGAUCCCAGCGGGCUCAGGACGGCCGGCGGGGAGGGCCGGGCAGAGACCGGCCCCUCCUUAGUCACCCUGAGGAGCCGGAAGGGAAAUGGUUGUUGCUGCCGCUGCCUCCCGGGGCUGGACUCGCACAGGAUGGAGCCAGAGCGGCCGUCCCUGAUCGCGGGGAGGCCCCAGGCCGGCCCGCGCAGGCCCAGGAGGGUGUCCCUGCUCCGGCUGUAUAAGAAACUGUCCAUGAUCAGGUUCCGCUACCGGAUCCUGAGGUCGCCCCGGUUCAGGACGAGGAGCAGAACGUGCAAGCUCCGCCAGGGCCGGCACCGCAGCUGGGUGCAGAAGGUCGCCAGGGACCGUCAGCAGCAGCCCCCGGAGGGCUGCGUGGGGGGCACCCGGAGUUCCCUCCCUCUCUCGGGACCCAACAGCCCCUCUCUGCUCCCUCCGGCCCCCUUCCCAGAGAUGGACUGCAGCGGCCCUGCCGGAGAGGGCCCGGAGCCCUGUGGGGGCCAGCCGGACGGCAGCCCGGCCCAGGCGUGGGACCCGGUGCUUGGCAUCGCGCUGACCGGGGACGGCCUCUUGCUGGAGCAGCUCCCGGAGGACCUUCUCAGCUCAGAAACCGAACCAGAAACCGUCAUCGUGGGCUUGGAGGAUCAGGCGAGGGACGGCGGGGGGGAUGAGGAGAAGCCGCCCCUGCCUGACCAGCCGGAGGAGGCCAACGGGAGCGGGCCCGAGGCCCCGGCGGAGGAGCCUGCGUCCCCAAGGGCCGGGCAGGACCUAGGGGUCCCGGACCCCAUGGAGCCGGAGGCUCCCCGCCCCCGCAGCAUCUUCAGUGCCAAGUUACUGGACCACCCGUACUGUAAGAACCCCCUGGAGGCUCCCUCGCAGCCCACGGGCCUCAAGGGGGGGCGGCAGGUGGGAGGUGGAAAGAGCGCCCAGAAGACGUCUCCCGUGAAGGAUGAAGAGCUGUCCUCCUGCCUCUGUGGGUUCCUGGAUGAGGUGAUGAAGAAAUAUGGCAGCUUGGUCCCCCUUUGUGAGAAAGACGUUCUCGGGAGACUAAAAGAGGUCUUCAAUGAAGACUUUUCCAAUAGAAAGCCGUUCAUCAACCGGGAGAUUACAAAUUACCGGGCCCGACACCCCAAGUCCGCCACCUGCAACUUCCGGGUGUUCUACAACAGGCACAUGCUGGACAUGGACGACCUGGCCACACUGGACGGGCAGAACUGGCUGAACGACCAGGUCAUCAACAUGUAUGGUGAGCUGAUAAUGGACGCUGUUCCAGACAAGGUUCACUUCUUCAACAGCUUUUUCCACAGACAGCUGGUAACCAAAGGAUACAACGGCGUCAAGAGGUGGACCAAGAAGGUGGACCUGUUCAAGAAGAGCCUCCUCCUGAUCCCCAUCCACCUGGAGGUGCACUGGUCCCUCAUCACCGUGACGCUCUCCAACCGAAUCAUCUCCUUCUACGACUCCCAGGGCAUCCACUUUAAGUUCUGUGUGGAGAACAUACGGAAGUAUUUGCUGACGGAAGCGAGAGAAAAGAAUCGGCCCGAGUUUCUGCAGGGCUGGCAGACGGCUGUGACUAAGUGCAUUCCACAACAGAAAAACGACAGCGACUGUGGAGUCUUUGUGCUCCAGUACUGCAAGUGCCUGGCCUUCGAGCGACCCUUCCAGUUCUCCCAAGAAGACAUGCCGCGCGUCCGGAGAAGGAUUUACAAGGAGCUCUGCGAGCGCCGGCUCUUGGACUGAGGCGGAGCCCGGAGCCCCGACGCCCCUCGGCGUACCUCACCCCGGCCCUCCUCCCUGGCUUGUCUCCUCCACCACCGUGUAACGUCCCCUCACGUCCUGUUUUGUCCCUCACUGUGUGGAUUUCCUUCUCGUAUUUAAUAUUUAUUAUGAGCGCAUGCCCAUCGACCAAGCAUGCGGUGCUGAGUAUUAAAAACAAAGCCAAGGCGGGCUCGCCAUUCAGCCGCGCCCAGCCAACUUGGCCCGAGGAAGCCAGCCCACGUGCUAACGGGCAGGCUCAGAACCUACAGAUGUGGGGUCUGUGUUUAGAUCCCGUCCGCUCAGGACCGUCCGGCUGCCGAGGAGUCCUAGAGUCCUCCCCCUCCGGCCUUGCCCCUGCCUUGGGGAACAGCUCUCUCGAGGUUCCCUCAGCGUCACCGAGGGUCAGACUGAGCCACAUGUGGGGAGCUUCUGUCCUCGGAGGGUUUGUCACCGCAUGUGCCCUUGUCUCUUUGUGAUAAAAACGAGACCUCGGACCCCCGGAGGACAGAUGGGCGGGGACGGUGAGCGCAGCUGAUGCUAGGGAGCCCUGCCCACUCGGGGCAUCGAGAGACUUCCGUCCAGAGGAAGUGGCAGCAGAUGUCUCUGUCCCUUUUUGCUUCCCGUUUUUACAUUUGAGAAGCAGGAGCGCCCUGUCCGAGUCGCCCCUCGCCUUAUGUCACCUGCCCGCUGUGCCCGUGGGGAGAGGAAGGCGGCGAAUGAGGAUCACUGUCUGUCUUGGCACUUUGGGAGCCUCGUUCUGAGCUCUGGACAGGGAGGCUCUCCUGGGAAGCAUCCGGACUCUGGCCUGAGCUGGCCUGAAGAGCACUCAGUCCAGGUUUUCUUUCUGGACUGUUGGCCCCAAGCGGACGUGCCACGGGCCCAAGAGGGCCAGGAGCUCCACUUCUGGCCUUUCUCAUUCACUCCCUCCCUGCCCUGUUUGUUAGGUAACCCUCUCCCUCCCCCCGGUUUCCCAGGCCUGACCCCCCACCUCAGCAAAGAGAAGUUACCCCAUCUUUGGACGUGGAAAAAAGCAGAUCUCGCAUCUGGAAUCUGGCUCUCCUCCUAACACGUGUCUUUACAUGAAAAGCGAAAACAACUGGAUGCACGUGAACCAUGCUGGACCGUCCGUCUGUCCGUCUGUCUGUCUUGGAAGGCUAAGAAAAGCCCAGAGUGGCCAGAGGUGCCCAGAAGCUCAUGGAGCGCAGAGUGAACAGCAGGUGCUACUUGACUUAGGCCCGGGCGUGAGCCAGGGGCGGGCAGGAGCACAAGAACGCGGUGUCAUGUUCCCGUAAGGCACAGCUGAAGGGGGGCUGCUGGCCACGGUGGGGUCAGUGGGCCAGAAGGGCCCGAGCCUCCCCGUCUCCCCACGCCGUCCUCAGUGUUUGGUCCUCAGGGGGUCUCACCCCAGCAGAGUAGGGGGUGUGGGCCAGGGCUGCAAAGGGGGUGACCUCAGCCCCUGGAGGAGGAGGAAGAAGAGACUUCACCCAUCAGUGUCACAAUCUGUGUUGAGCUCAUCCUGGUUUGCCUCCCCGCCUCUCCCACAUGUUUGCCCCUGUGUAUUUAUAGCUUUUCAGGACUCCCAGAAAUCCCAGUUGGAGAGGUUUGCUCUCGCACCCAAGCCUCUGUGUUGGAAAACCAAAGCGUGACCACUGGACAGUCCGAAGGCCUUUUCUACCCCAAAUGCAGAGUCCUCCAGAAGCCUCCCCAGCUCCAGGUGCCAGGCCGGCCUUGGCCCCCACACGCCGUUCACCCAGCACGGGAAGCCGGAGCGGAGGACGCCCCGGCAGUGGGGUCACCCAGGACCGAGUUCUUCCCCUUCCCGCCCACUUGUCCGUGGGCCACCAAAGAGCUCGGACAGCGGUGCUGAGACGAGGAGGCUCGAGUCGGGGCUGCAGAGGACUCGGCUCCCCUUGGGGUUUGGCACGCGCCGCCAUCGCGCAGAUCCUCCGAACCCUUCCCUGCCAGCUUCCGUGUAGGUCAGAAGCCGGGAUCAGAGCCGCGCCCUCCGUCCUCCUGACGGCAGGCCUUGUUCCCUCCCGGCAAGGACGGUCUGAGCGGCGCCGGGGCUGUCGGAUCACUGUGAGCCCGGCCCCGACACGUCCUCCCGGGCGCCCGUGGCUGGGUCGGUCUAAGCGCGGGCGCCGUGUCGCGGCGAGCUCGGCGCUCCGUGUGGACUGAACAAGCAGAUGUGCCCUUAAUAGCCAGGGGAUUGUCCACGUGUCUCUGGCUGCACUGAUUUUUUUUUUCCCAGAGUUUGCCUUUCUGAUUAAUCUACAGUAAAGAACAUGGAACUCGGCCCAUCCCAGUUCAGUAAACUCUUGUUCAGCUCUUUGGAGAGGUUCCACCGAUGAAGACAUUUCCUGUGGACUUUGUCAUGUUGGUCUUCUCCCUGCUUUAAAUAGGGGGGUCCUCGGGUCCCAGAAGCAAAGUGGUAGAAAGCCAUCGGUGGAGAUUGGGGGGGAGGGGGAGGCAGUCGGUUCGCUCUCCAUCGGUAGACUAGAGACAGACGGCCAAGAGCUCGGCUUCCCUUCCAGGAGGGCCGGGGCUUCGGGCCUUCCCUGGAUGGGAGGACAUGGCCCUGAACCUGCUCCGUGGCUUGUCCUGGGGAGAGAACAGAAAGACGGCUUCCCGCUGAUCCUGGGGGGAAGGUGACCUGGAAUUGUCAGCUGACCAAUACGAGGCAGGAAGCUGCUUGGCCAGGGGAGACUGAAAAGGGGAGACGUCCAUUGCCGGCACUUGGUCUUGAGAGGAAAGGGGUUUCACCCGGUGCGUCAGACCAAGCUAAACCUACUGUAGAUAAGGCUGUGAUGAUGUACAAUUCCAAUAUCAAACGUAGUGAACAGUGAAAUGUUGCAGGGGUGGGGUGGGGGGGACUUAGUAAAAUAUUUUUUUGAGAAAUAAACUAAUGACUUUA